UGCUAGGAUAAAGCAGAGAGGCUCAGAGUUGUCCACACACAAAAAAAUUCUGAGAGAAAAAAAGAGUGCUUUGAGCGAUUGUGAGAUUUCUUCCGAUUUUUGGUUUUGGUUUCUUUCUUCUUCUGUUAAUCCCCCCUUCUGAUAAUCCCCGCUUCUCUGAAUCCCUUUCUGUUAAUCAUCUGUCUUUCAGGUUCUGAUUUUGGGUUUGUUUUUGAGAAAAAUUUAUAAACAAAUUAGUAGAAAGCAAACUUAAGAAGGAUUUCUCGAAAGCCAGGUGUUUUCAGAAUCGAGAUCCAGGUUUUUUAAUUUAAUUUUCCAAGUUUUUCUCUCUGUUUUCUGUUUUUUCCUUUCUUCGUAGCUGAAUCAGCUUGGAGGGUUAUUUUUUGGUCCCUCAAGGUUGGUUUUCUAGGCCUUGUAUCGAAAGGGGUUAUCUAUUUCUAAACCUCUUCGAUUUUUAAUUUUUUUAAAAAUAUUUCUUUCCAUUUUCAAAAGAAACCUUGUUAUUUAAUCGGUUAAGAAGCAGGUGGUAGUCUUUUAAUCUUGAUUUUUGUUAAUUUUAGCUGAGAAAUUUAGCUUUGGAAAAUGGCAGCUGCAAUGGAUUUAUACAGUAGCAGACAUCCUCAAUCAGACCCCUUUGGGGGCGAGCUAAUGCAAGCACUUGAGCCUUUUAUGAGAAGUGCUUCUUCUUCAACUACCCCUUCUUCUCCUUCUCCUUCUCCUUCUCCUUCUCCUUCUCUUUCGUCUUCUUUACCUCCUCUUCCCUCAACUUCUUAUUCUACUUAUGGUUACCUUUCUUCUUCUUCCUCUCAACAGCAGGCCUUUUUGUACCCUGAUGGUUGCUUUACAUUGACUUCCCUUCCAUUUUCAACCGGGUUCUCGAUCCAAGAUCCCUCUGGUCUUCAGCAACCUAGUUCAAUCGGGCUUAAUCACCUUACUCCAACCCAGAUCCAUCAGAUCCAGACACAGGUUCACCUCCAGAACCAAAAUGGCUUACCUUUCCAGAAUUACCAUGUUCAGAACCAGCAUACCCUCAACUUUUUGGGUCCCAAACCCAUCCCUAUGAAGCAAGUGGGCUCACCACUGAAACCCACCAAGCUCUACAGAGGAGUGAGGCAGCGGCACUGGGGAAAAUGGGUGGCCGAGAUUAGACUUCCCAAGAACCGGACCCGACUCUGGCUCGGCACUUUCGACACAGCUGAGGAAGCGGCCUUAGCUUAUGACAACGCAGCUUACAAGCUCCGAGGUGACUUCGCAAGGCUCAACUUCCCCAACCUCCGCCAUCAGGGGUCUCACAUCGAAGGCAAGUUUGGCGAGUACAAGCCUCUCCAUUCCUCAGUUGACGCGAAGCUGCAAGCUAUCUGUGAAAGCUUAGCGGAAUCGCAGAAACAAGGAGGAAAAGCUGAGAAGCAAUCAAACUCGUCGAACAAGAAGAAAGCCCAGGUGGGGACGACCAAGCCGGCGGCGGCUAAGGAAGCUGAUUCGCAGCGGAAAGUUACCAUGGACAAAUGUUGCAAGGUUGAGACACUGUCUCCCGUGUUGACUGAGAGCGAAGGUUCAGGAGGAUCAUCUCCUCUGUCAGAUCUCACGUUUCCGGAUUUCGAAGAGGCACCUUUGGAUGUUGAUUCUGGGAAUUUCAAUUUGCAGAAGUACCCAUCUUAUGAAAUUGAUUGGGCUUCUCUUUUAUCCUAAAAUUUGUCAUUGUUGUCUAUGUCAGGUGUUCAUCUAUGGUGUAUUUUUAGGAAUUUAGGGACUUGGUUGCUGCAAUGAAGUUUUUGACAGUUGCAGAGCCAAAGUUGUCAAGGUCUUCAGUAGAGUAUAUCAUUAAAUAAUGUUGAUAUUCAUGUAAAUGUUGGCCUCCAUGGUUAGCUGGCUUUUUAAUACACUGCUUAACUACGGAGAAUUUGUACUUGUGAGAGUUCAUAUUAGUCCUGUAAUAUUUUUCCAUUGUUACUUUGUCAGCAAUAGCAUCAUGUUAUUAUAUUCUCGUA